AUAUGCACGCGGGUGACAUUAAAUUAUUUCCAGAUUAGCAGAAUUUUCUUAUAGAUUAUGUUCGAAACUGACGAUUUUUGGAUCUUUGAAGAUUCUUUCGACGAUGUUGGAGGAAACAAAGAUGAAACGAGGAAUAAAUCCCAUUCUUCAAGUCAAAACAAAGAAAAAAUACCGUCAGUCAAACGGCGCAAAGUGGACUGCUGCGAGGAUGCUUUGCCGACGGUUAGUACUUUUGUUGAGAAAUCCGAAUUGGAUAUUAUUGCGAAUAUUUUGGAUAACGAGAAUCUACCUUCCAAGAAUAAAGACGACGUUGUGUCAGAGGAUCGAGGGGAUCUGUUGUUGUUUUUCCAGAAAAAUACUUCUCGAGAGAGAAGAAACUUUAACUUGGUAAAUAAAGUAGAGAAAGAUUCGUCAGAAGUACAAAGAGAGACACGAGAAUGUUUUCAGUUUGAAGUGGAUGCAACAUCGAAGAAAGUAUGCCAAUAUAAAGAGCCCAGAGAAAAGAGUCACGAGUCUGUAAUUAAUGUAAGACCCGAUAAAGAAGUAAAAUUGAUUAGAAUAUUUCCUGGACCAGCUGGCUUAGUGCCGGAUGUGAAAAAUGAUAAUGUCUCUGCUGCAUCUUAUCUGAGUAGUGUUGAAGUAUUGGAAAAUAAAACAUCAAGCAAGCGCAUUGAGAUCAAGACUCAAGAUGAGAAAAAUUUGUGUGGAGAGAAAGCUUGGAAACUUUUAUUCAAUGAUUUACCACAUAAUUUUUUACGGGAUUAUAAGAUUUCCAUUGUUAAAGACAAAGCAAAUGCUAGUCAUUGCAAUAGUAUGAAAGUAAGAUUUAUAGCAGGAGUGUUGGAUUAUGUAGAUCAUAGUCACGACAAUCCGUUUGUUAUAUUAAAAGAUUCAACGGGUAGUAUAGAAGGUACCAUUCAUCGUGACAUUCCAUCAACUUAUCCUGGCAUAUUAGAGCCGAAUGUUGUUAUUCUUUUGUAUGACGUAGGGCUAUUAAAAACUACAACGUAUGUAGUAACGAAUAAAUAUCAUAUUCUAGUGUCUCUAAUGAACUUACUAGCCAUAUAUUCGGAUAAAGGCCGAAUUGUAAGUACAUCUCUUAUGGAAAGCAUUUUAUCUCAUAUUUCAAAUCACACCGAAUUAAAUAGAAUUAACAAUUGUAUGCCAGUUUCGAAGGAGCCAGUUUACGUUUCUGAAUUGCAAAAGGUAGAUGAAAGUCGUGACGCACUUUUGCAAACUAAUUCCUUUAUCGAUUCGUCUACCAAGAAUUACGAAUCUGAAUUAGUGAGAAAUCCGCCAUUAAAAGUUUUAACAAGUGGAAAAUAUGAAAGUUGUGAGGAGACUUUUAAGAAUAAUGAUCAAAAUUGCAAAGUCACAAACGAGAUAUUUGAAUGUUUCAACUAUUCGAUGGAUGGGGACGAUUUUUUUACUACCGACUGUGACUUUACAACUUUGGAAAAACAGAAUUGUCUUAAUCGUUCGCUAUCCAACAGUAUUCCGCAAACUAGCAAAAUUCAGCAGUGCGACUUGAAAAAUACAAAAAAAGAAUCGACGAUAAAUAUUCAAAAGCAGACGAAAGAACACUUGCCAAAGACCUUAGAGAAAUGUAUUAGAGAAAUGUGCGAUACACGUUACUCGCGUGAAGAUUGUUUUUCGUCUUACGAUGAUACGACGAUUUGCAGAGAUUCGAAUUUAAACAUGAAAUCCACAUUGCCAGCAAUAAAAUGUAACGUCAAAAACUUAAAACCUCUAGUAAGCCAUUUUACUCACGAUAAACAUGAGUAUGAUUCGGACGAUGAAAUUUUGUCGCAGUUGGACGUAGAUAACAUCUUUGAUAAACAAAAGAAAGAUUGCUAAGAAGAAGCGUAUGUGUAUCUCUGCAAAUACAUCAAUGUAAUGCGUCGCGCGCGCGCGCGCGCGCGUGCGUGAUAUUAUAGUUUUUAAGUUACAAUAAUUACUAAUUACUAAUAGCUAAUGUACAAAAAAUGUAUAAAAAAUCGAUGUUGACGUUACCAUGUGUUAUAAGCCUAGUACAGUCUUGAAAAUAAAAUCAGUUUCGAAUUAAACAUUAAAAUAAGACAUACUAUGAUGUGUGCGUAUACACAUACAUACAUAUGUAUACGCGUGAUAAAUGUUUGUAUUUUCGAAUUAUUGGAGAUAAAACUGUUUGUAAGAUCGUAUUUGUGAUCUUAUUAUCUCUUACUUGGAUUUAUAAAACAUUAUUUAUCUAAAGUCAUCUCGUAAAGUUAAUACAGUUUUCGAUAGCGAAGGAGGUUCCCAUAUAACUUAAUUGAUCACGCGUCAUUGGGAAGAAAAGAAUAACAUUAAAUAAGCGUUAUGAUUUUACGACGUUGUAUAUUUACGAGUAAGUACAUAUGAGACAUAUGUAUAUAAAUUACGUAUGCCCAAGUAUCUAUAAAAUUUUUGAAAAUACGACAAAGCGAGCGGCUGUGAUUGCAUAAUGUGAUGGGCCCGGUAUGACUACGAAUGACGCACAAUAUUUGCCAUAUCACGGCUAUAUGCUUACUAAUUACUGAAUUCGAAGACAGGACAAGAUUGUAAUUGCGAUUAAACGUUCACAGCUGCAAUAUAUUACUUUUACUUAAAUAAAGGACGAGAUAAAAUAUCUUUUUCAAUUUAAA